AUGCCUCUCUUGCCUCCAGUAAUGAAGCGUCGUUCUGACGAAGAAGUGGCUGACUGCCCGCAUGAGAAGAAACGAAGUGUUGACGCUAUGGCCUCUAUCACCAGACAGAUUAUCCAUUCUGCCAACGCUCCUGCUGCUAUUGGACCCUAUAGCCAGGCUGUACGAGUAAAUGAUACCAUCUACUUGAGUGGAUCUUUGGGUCUCGACCCCAAGAGCAUGGAGUUGAAAGAAGGAGUCAAGGAACAAGCCCAUCAAUCACUCAAGAAUAUUGGUGAAGUUCUUACUGCUGCUGGUGUUUCUUACAAAAAUGUUGUAAAGACCACUGUUCUUCUCGCUGACAUCAACGAUUUUGCCACUGUCAACGAAAUUUACAAAGAAUACUUUACUGAGAACUUCCCAGCCAGAGCUGCUUAUCAGGUGGCUGUUCUCCCCAAGCACGCCUUAGUGGAAAUCGAAGCUAUUGCUGUUGUUGGUGAUAUCAAGGAUAUCUAG